GGGGAUCGAACCUGCAACCCAGGCUGUGCCUUCCUCACUUACUGUGCCAGGGACUCCGCCAUCAAAGCUCAGACUGCUCUGCACGAACAGAAGACCUUGCCCGGGAUGGCACGGCCAAUCCAGGUGAAGCCUGCGGACAGCGAAAGUCGUGGAGGUAGAGACCGGAAGCUGUUUGUGGGGAUGCUGAACAAGCAGCAAUCAAGAGGAGACGUGCCGCGGCUGUUCCAGCCCUUCGGGAUCAUAGACGAGUGCACGGUGCUCCGGGGGCAUGAUGGCAGCAGCAAAGGCUGUGCCUUCGUGAAGUUCUCCUCCCACACGGAGGCUCAGGCGGCAAUCCACGCCCUCCAUGGCAGCCAGACCAUGCCGGGUGCCUCCUCCAGCCUGGUGGUCAAGUUUGCCGACACAGACAAGGAGCGAACACUACGGCGCAUGCAGCAGAUGGUGGGCCAGCUGGGCAUCCUGACACCGUCCCUCACCCUGCCCUUCAGCCCCUACAGUGCCUAUGCGCAGGCCCUCAUGCAGCAGCAGACAACGGUCCUGUCCACCUCAGGCAGCUACCUGAGCCCUGGCGUGGCCUUCUCACCCUGCCACAUCCAGCAGAUCGGCGCCGUCAGCCUUAAUGGGCUGCCUGCCACACCCAUCGCCCCUGCCUCUGGACUGCACUCGCCCCCACUGCUCAGCACUGCCGCCGUGCCCGGCCUCAUGGCUCCCAUCACCAACAGCUUUGCAGGUGUCGUGCCCUUCCCUGGCGGGCACCCUGCCCUAGAGACUGUAUAUGCCAAUGGCAUCAUGCCCUACCCAGCUCAGAGCCCGACCAUGGCUGAGACCCUCCAUCCUGCCUUCUCCGGAGUCCAGCAGUACACAGCCAUGUACCCCACCGCGGCCAUCGCGCCCAUCGCGCACAGCAUCCCGCAGCCGCCGCCGCUCCUGCAGCAGCAGCAGCAGCGAGAAGGUCCCGAAGGCUGUAACCUGUUUAUCUACCACCUCCCCCAGGAGUUUGGAGACACGGAGCUGACGCAGAUGUUCCUGCCCUUCGGCAAUAUCAUCUCCUCCAAGGUGUUUAUGGAUCGGGCCACCAACCAGAGCAAAUGUUUUGGCUUCGUGAGCUUUGACAACCCAGCCAGCGCGCAGACUGCCAUCCAGGCCAUGAAUGGCUUUCAGAUUGGCAUGAAGAGGCUGAAAGUGCAGCUGAAGCGGCCCAAAGAUCCGGGACACCCCUACUGACCACGCCCACAGCCGCCCGGAGGCUGUGGGCUUGGCCCAGGUGAGGGGCCUUCCACCCCAGGAGGGUUUCCCCGCUUCCAACUGAUCCAGGACUUUUCCGUAAAUUACAACCGAGUUUGGACACCAGCCCUCCCUCUCCUCUCCUGUCUCCCCUGAGCCCCCUUCCCAAAAUGUGAAGCGCUGCCGGAGAGGGCAGGGGGCUGAGGAGCUCACCACUUCCUCCUGGGAGAUUUCCUGGCUCCUCACCCCCCACAACCUUGGUGGCUUCCCCAAACUAAAUCACCACUUUUUCUAUAUAUAUAUAUGCAUAUAUAUAGAGAGAGCUAUAGACAGUAUAUAUAUUUUUUGAGUGUAGAUCAUGGGACCAAACUUUUCUGACUUCCUUCCACCCAAGAGAAGGUGACCCUAGGCUGGUCACUCAGCAGGGACAUAAGAAGGGCUGAGGCUGGCCGGACAGCCCCGUGUCUCCUCACCUCCCGGCUGUAUCGUCAGACCAGGGUGCCAGAGAAGCACUGGGAGUCAUCAGCCAACCGAUAUACCUCCAGGACUUUUGGCCGCUGCCACCGACGAUUCUCUCGGGCCUAUGGGCUCAGCCGGCUUGAGUGUCCCUGGUCCUAGCUGCAGCUUCCGGGACCCCGAACUUCCCUCCCUUUUCCCAGGGCCCUGCCUUCCCCAGCACAAAAGAGAGCCCCUGGCCUCCCCCAGCCCUUUCCCCCCAGUCAUAGCCUUACUCAUGUGACCAAUAGCCCUUAGCUUUCCGUCAGGGGUAGAUGGGGCCGGUGGGAGCCCCUCUCCUCCUACCCCUCCCAAGGGCAGGCAGCCAGCCCUCCCUGCCUUCGGAUCACCAGCCUGGAAUUCACGGUCUCAUAACCAAGAUUGCCACGCUCGUUGGACAAGCCCAACCUGCACUGGCCAAGCACCCCUUUGCCGAAGAUACCUCUUCAAAGAAUUUUUUUUUAACGUUGAUCUUUCUGAGCAGGUACAAAGAAGAAAAGAGAAGAAAAAUGGGGGUGGGGGGAAUCAAACAAUGGAUUUUUGUUUCCUAGCUGGGGCUGGGAGGGAGAUCCUGUGGGGUGCCUCUCUAUACCUACCCAAACCAUGAAAACCCACCUUGAAGCACAGAGUCAAGUUCGUUUGGUCGUCCAGUGGAGCCUAUUGCCAAACGAGUACCAGAGAACUUAAUAAGCUCAAGAAAAAGAAUUUUUGGAAAAAAGAAAAACCCACAGCAUUCCCUUUUGUUUCUACCAAAAUGUGUUGACCAACCCAGAAAAAAAGAAAAGAAAAACACAUAGUAAAAAAAAAAAAAAAAAAAGGGAAAAGAAAAAAAAAAUCUUCGGACCAACUUGUUUCGAUAUUCCAGAGUUUGAUAAUUGUUCCAAGACAUUCUCUAGUGUGCCUGUAUCCCGUGCGUCUGCGUGUGCAAGCGUGUGCUCAGGGGCCAAGAGGGGGCCUCAUCUGCGUCUCCGGUGCCCACCAAGCUCCCGCCAGGCCUGGCGUGCAGUGGUGUGUGUCCUGAUCCAUGUUUACUGGCUGUAAAUACCAUUUUUAUACUCCACACCGAAGAUCUACAUGAUUUGUACAAUGUACUUUAUUUCUGCUACUAGUAAUUUCAUGAAGUUUCAACUUGCAAACCAACUUUUGGAAACAAACCGACACACACACACACACACACACACACACACACAAACAAGGCAAGAAAAGGACUUAGAAGAAACUCUGGGCUGACCAAUGUGGUUGGAGAGGUCCUUGUCACUGUGGUGUGUUUCAGGUGAGAAGCUACGAGCAUCAUCUUUAUGUCCAAAACACCUCUCUUUGGUCUGGAAAAACUGAAAGUUUAUUUAAUAAAAGUUUUACUUGCUAAA